UGAUCAGGACUUUGCAGGCAGAGGUAGCAGCAGCAGCAUGGAGCUCUGGGGCACCUACCUGCUCCUCUGCCUCUUCUCCCUCCUGAACCAGGUGACCGCAGAGACCCCCACCCCCAAGACCAAGAAGGCUGUAAAUGCUAAGAAAGAUGUGGUGAGCCUGAAGAUGUUUGAGGAACUCAAGAGCCGUCUGGACAGCUUGGCCCAGGAGGUGGCCCUGCUCAAGGAGCAGCAGGCCCUGCAGACUGUGUGCUUGAAGGGCACCAAGGUGCACAGAAAGUGCUUCCUGGCCUUUCCCCAGGCGAAGACCUUCCACGAGGCGAGCGAGGACUGCAUCUCCCGCGGGGGCACACUGGGCACACCGCAGUCGGGGCUGGAGAACGAGGCGCUGUACGAGUACGCGCGCCAGAGCGCGGGCGGCGAGGCGGAGGUGUGGCUGGGCCUCAACGACAUGGCGGCCGAGGGUUCCUGGGUGGACAUGGCGGGCAGCCGCCCGGCCUACCAGAACUGGGAGACGGAGAUCACGGCGCAGCCCGACGGCGGCAAAGCCGAGAACUGCGCGGCCCUGUCCGGCCCGGCCAACGGCAAGUGGUCGGACAAGCGCUGCCGGGACCAGCUGCCCUACAUCUGCCAGUUCGCCAUCGUGUAGGGGGGGCGUGGCCAGGGAGGGGCUGGGCCAGGAUUGGA